CAAGUCAGUCAUCGGUCAAGAUGGCUCCAACAGUACUUCUGAAUCUGCUACUGGCAGGACUACUUCAGAACCCUAUUCUGCUCGCUCAAGUGCCGUUGUUUGCUCCGCAGCUGUCUGCCGCGCAGUACUACUCGUGCGGCUGCGCUCCUGCCUUCGCUCCUGCGGCCCUCGCCCCUCCCGCUUUUGCCCCCUGCGGCUGCGCUCCCCCGCCAUGCCCGUGCGCUCCUCCGCCAUGCACGUGCCAACCUCCCGCACCAGGCCCGAUCUUUAUUUCCACUCCUCCGCCACCCCCAAUGUGCAUUAACCCGCCAGCGCCUCCUCCAAUCACCAUCGAGAUGCCGUGCCUUCCACCGAUAACUGUCAACCCUCCGCCGCUGCCUCCUCUAACCAUCACUCCUCCUCCUCCGCCACCAGUUAUGGUGACCCCUCCUUCCCCGCCUCCACUAUACCUUAACCCGACUCCUCUGCCGCCCGUAACGGUGAAUCCGCCGCAACCGCCGAUGAUGUAUAUCGACCCGCCGCCGCUCCCGCCUAUGAUGGUGGAAAUUCCUUUGCCGCCACCGAUCAUGAUUGAGCUGCCAGCGCCGCCCCCGAUUAUGAUCCAGCCGCCAGCGAUACCGCCCGUGAUGGUGCAGCCGCCGCCGCUGCCGCCAGUGCCAGUUCAGCCGCCGUGCCCGCCGCCGGUGACGGUCCAGCCGCCGCCGCUGCCGGGCAUGUGCUUGCAGCUGCCACCACCCGAGCCCGUAUCUGUGCAGCCGCCGGCGCUGCCGCCGAUGUGCGUGAACUUGCCUCCUCUCCCACCAGUGACCGUGCAGCCGCCGCCGCUGCCGCCUAUGACGGUGCAGCCGCCCGCACCGGAGCCUAUCUGCUUCCAAGUUCCGCCUCCGCCGCCGUUCUGCUUCCAGCCGCCGCAGCCCGCACCGAUCUGCGUGCAGCCGCCGCCGCCGGCGCCGAUAUGCUUCCAGCCGCCGACGCCGCCGCCGGUGUGCAUCGUGCCGGACGGCACGCCGCAGUGCGGCUGCGGGUAUUUCCCGGCGUACGACCCAUGCCCGUGUCAGUACGGCUACGGCUCCCCGAUCUACUUAUAACUCUCCUGAUUGCGAGACUUUUUUAAGUAGAAGCCAUAUUUAGAAUUAAGUUUUAGUUUAAGUACAUUUAUACAAAAAAUAUUCUGCUGGAAAUAAAACUUUUUUAUAUAAAUAAAAA